GUAAUGUUUACGGUGUUAAAAGAGUGCAGAAAGACCCUUUAUUUAUACAAAGUUUCGCUCUAAGCAGAAGUUGAAAUACUUCCAUCCGUAGUCGGGUGGUGACAAUCUCGGCUCCCGUCCGGGAGGCCAGGUGGUCAUUCUCCGGAAGGAGGAUCGAGCCUCAAGCGUUCCACACACAUUUAAAAAUGAAAUUGUUUAAAAACAAAAACCAAAAAAAAAAAAUAUAUGUAUAUAUAAAUAAUCGUCAAGGCUAAGAAGUGAGCGAAUUAUUAUUCUUGUGUGUUUAUCUGUCGGCUCUACGACUCGAAUAUUUCAAGGCUAAACACUGUUUAUGUAACUGUCGAUGUUUACGUGUGUUUCAGUGGAUGCCUUACAUAACGGUGCAUGGCCUCCACCCUCCCUUCAUGGUUGCUGGCACUAUGAUUAGUCUCAUGCGACUUAUGGCUGCCAAGCUCAACUACUGCGUUGAGUUCGUGGUGCCGAAUGAUGUUCAGUUCGGUGAUCGACUGCCGAACGGCUCCUGGUCGGGACUGAUGGGUUUACUGCACCGACGAGAGGUGAACAUGUCUGGGGUGAUCGUUGGCUACAACGUCAAGAGAACACCCAUCAUAGACUACAGUACUCCUCUCUACAUCGACUCCAGCAAGAUUAUAUACAAGCGACCGGUUUUUCCCCCUGACAUAACGGGAUUCGUCAAGCCGUACACCUCCACGAUGUGGCUGCUGCUGGCACUGACGAUCCUCUUGGUGUUCUUCAUUCUGAUGGUCUUUCUGUGGCUCCAUGACAGACUGGAGGAGCCUGAUUCUGCUUCAAGGUAUACUGACGUCUUUCAGAGCACCUGA